AACCCCGCGUCUAUGCGUGCGUCGAUGACGUGGGAAAGACGUUUCCGUAGUAACCCUGGCUAACGCCGCAGCCGAGAGAGCCGGCGGGAGUGAGUGGGACCUGGGAGUAGCGCGGCGCUGGGAACGGAGAUCCACGGAGAUCCGCGGACAUCGGGAGACUUGAACGAACCGCACCGCGCGUUACCUCAUCCUCUGUGAGCGCGCCGAGAUGCUCAAUAUGUGGAAAGUCAGAGAGCUGGUGGAUAAAGCCACCAACGUGGUGAUGAACUACUCGGAGAUUGAGUCCAAGGUCCGAGAAGCGACCAACGAUGACCCUUGGGGGCCGUCUGGACAGCUCAUGGGGGAGAUUGCCAAAUCCACCUUCAUGUACGAACAGUUCCCGGAGGUGAUGAACAUGCUGUGGAACCGGAUGCUGAAGGACAACAAGAAGAAUUGGAGGAGAGUUUACAAGGCCUUAUUACUGCUGGCGUACCUGAUCAGGAACGGGUCAGAGCGGGUGGUUACCAGCGCCAGAGAGCAUAUCUAUGACCUGCGCUCCCUGGAAAACUACCACUUUAUAGAUGAGAAUGGAAAGGACCAGGGCAUAAACGUUAGGCAGAAAGUGAAAGAGAUGAUCGAGUUUGUGCAGGAUGAUGACCGGCUUCGAGAGGAGAGGAAGAAAGCAAAGAAAAACAAAGACAAAUACAUCGGUGUGUCCUCAGACAGCAUGGGUGGCUUCAGGUCCACUGGGGACAGGUACGAGUCGGAGCCCAGGGGGAAGUGGGAUGAGGACUGGGACAAAGGCAAGGGCGGGUUCCCCUUCAGCGAGAAGCUGGGCGAGAUCAGCGACAAGAUUGGCAGCACCAUCGACGACACCAUCAACAAGUUCCGUAAGAAGGAGAGGGACGACUCACCGGACCGGUGCAGUGACAACGAAGACGACCAGGUAUCCAGGAACGGGAAGCCAGACUUUCAGGAUGAGGAGGGCACGGCAACACCUAAGAGCGUCAGAGUAACUCAACCCACGGAGACCACCGCAUCACGAAAACGUGGAGGCUUCCCCUCCAAGACGGUGGACCUCGGGGCUGCUGCCCACUACACGGGCGACACCAGCAGCCCUGAACUGGGCAUGCAAAAUGUCAAGAGCACAGGGCCAGGGGUCAUCCAGUCGUCCAGCGGUGGUUUGGCCGAUCUGCUGAUCGUCGAUUGCCGGGGCAAACCAUCAGCACCAGCAGAUGGGAGCGCGGAUCUGAUCGGGGCUUUCGCGGACUUCUCCAGCGCGGCGGCCUCCGCGAGCUUCACAUCAGGAGGUGGGUUAGUGUCUAGUGGAAAUGGUGAAUUUGGAGACUGGAACUCCUUCUCCAACAGCCAGCCGGCUGCGCCCCCCGCUCAGACCCUCGCCUCCACCGGUUCAGACCUUUUCGGAAGCACGGCCCCCCCGCAAGCACCCACCGCUCCAUCUGCUGACCUCUUGGACCUAAUGGGCUCAUCCCAGCCCUCUGUCAGCGCUUCCCAAAGUUUGAACUUUGCCAUGGGCAACUCACAGGGCAUGGCUGGUGGGAUGGGCAUCCCAAUGUCCAGAUCGCAGCCUCUGCAAAGCGUGGGUAGCACAGUGUUACCGCAGCCUAUGGGAGUCCAAAAGCCCGGGUGCAAGACUUCCAUGCCAGCAACAUGGUCAGACCCCAGCGUCAACAUCAGCCUGGACUUCCUGUCUCAAGGCAUGCAGCCACCCAAGCCUUCCCAACCCACCCUCAACAACAUUAUCCAGCAACAAGGUGCCCAACCGCUUCUGAACAACGUUGCCCAGAGCUUCGCUGCCAUGAACCUCAACACGCAGCCGGCUUCGCAGGUGGCAGCCGUCAGACCACCCGCAAACGCCAUGAUGUCUAGUGGCGGGAUGACAACGGGGAUGCCUCCCACCAUGGCAACAGGCACCAUGGGAAUGUGCCCAAUGGGCAUGACACCCGUAGGAGGACUGCCAGCCAAUGCGGGAGUAAUGGGAAUGAACAUGAACGUGAACGUGGGGGUACCGCUGGCAGGAAUGAGCUUAGGCGUGCCAUUUGGGGCUGUGGGACAGGGUGUCACAUCUGCCAUGGGGUACCCCAGACAAGAUGCCUUUGCUAAUUUUGGCAACUUUGGCAAAUGAGAGAGUAAGACAAACUGUGAAGGGUCUGCCCGAACGACCAUGAAGGAAGACGAGCUGUACUCGGACUACUUGAACACGGUGGAUCCUGUUACCUCUCGGUAAAACCACGUACGAGGGACUGAUUGAAAGGUUUUGUAAAUGGGUGGAACUGUCUUUAACAUAAAUUUUAAAGAAGUGUUGUUUUGGUCCUUCUUCACGGUACCAUCGAAACCAUUUGAAUUCAAGUGAGAAAGUGGUCAAAACCAAAACGUUUUUCUUUGUCCUCCUCUGGUUUUUAACGUUUCCGAAUCUUAAUCUGAAAUUUAACUCACAUGGUCUAUAUAUAUAUAUAUACAUAAUAAACAGAAAAAAAAUUAUUGGUCAGCUGUGUACAAAUGUUGGUGUGCAUAAAUAAAUUAUCACUUUGAUACCGAAAGACUUCGUGAACAGUCAUCUGGAGUGCAAGAUUCAUGACGGCAACAACAUUAGGUAUUCAUUUUUUUUUUAUGUAUUCUUAUACGGAUAAAAUUUGGCAAGUAAUCCUGAGAUUUGCCUUGUUAAAUAAAAUAUCCUUUUACCUAAAUCUUGCUAUUGACAAUUUGGCUGUUAAUAUUCGAAUUAACAUUUAAAUAAAUGAAUUCAUGUUGAAAUUAACGGAUGUUUUAUGCGCCGACAACCAGCGAUUGUUUUAUACAGUCUGUGUAGGUCAGAAGAAAUUGGUACAGUUCAGCCCAGAAACUGCUGGCCUGAUCUGUAAAUUGGUUGCCUUUUAAAAUUACAUACGUGAAAAUGUAUGCCACAGGAAACGAACUAGUAAUUCAGUUUUCCGUGACUUUUAUGUGCGUUUAGACAAAAGCUACGCAAAUACAGAGAUUUGUUCAACCAGAAAGCUGAAUAUGUGAAAUAUGACUGUAAAAGCUCAGUGGCAAACCUCCACCGACCGUGCGUAAUACAGAAUGGUAUGGUACAGACCUUGUUAAAUCUAGGUGAAUUGAAGUCUCCCUUCAGUCUGAUGCGUUGCACAUUCGGUUGACCAAAUUUUUUUAUUUUAUUAUUUAUUUACUAAAGAUGAGUCUAUUUCCCUAUUGAUUUUUAAUAAUCGUACAGCAUCACGUUACAUUUGUGUGUGUUGCGGGAGUGGAAGGAAUAACGAAUACGCUCUUAGUAUGUAUAUAUACAGUCAUGGAAUUUUUUUUUUUCCCUGAA